AUGUUGGGCAGGAAAACUCAAGAACUCAAGAGAAAACUCAGAGGCUCAGAGAUAUCAUCUGACACUAUUGCAUUCCAAUCCAGGACCAAUGGAAUUCCAAUCCAUGACCAAAGGAAUUCCAAUCCAGGACUAGUAGGAAAGCAAUUUAAGUGGACAGCCACCGGGAGAAAAG